CUCUCCGCCCGAGCUGGCACCCAAUCAGCCCAAAUCUACAUCUUAUGUAGAGUGUUAUAGCCUAUAGCACAAGGAGAAGCUGGUUUUAUUCAACUUCGUCAUCCAUUGUGCCCCUGGGCGUCAAUGGUCCACUUCAGCUCUCAUUCAUCACGGUGGAACAUGGAUACGAAUCCCCCAGAGCUGAUGUUUGAAGUGGGAUGGAGCCGUUGGCUUGCUCAGCACUUGUGGUCCUGUUGUGGGUCACUAAUGUGUUCAUGCCUCACCUAUAAAUGUCUGUGUCUCACUAAUCCUGACGCUAAAAAGUCUUUGAAGCUAAAAACAUCACUGGCAUGUGAUCAGUCAGAGUUUGUUAGCAGGCUCUACACACAGGCAUCCAUGCUUUCACCUGAGAUUUCCUCACAUCCUCUGUCUGAACAAGAACGCAUAAGCUACGUAAACAGUCAGGGUUUUCUCCAUGCAACAGACCACAAAGCAUGAAUGCAAAAUGUAAUCUUAUAAUGCAUAACGCUGUCCAAGUAGACAAUUUUACCAAUUGCUAUGGAUUUAGAGGAGCAUGCAGCAUUUACUUGAUAAGCUAAUGUGUCGUUGUGUUUCAUCGCACAUCCGAGUACUAUCUCCAUCAGUUUCUGAUGACUAGCCUAUACGCAUGAACAUAUAUGUUUUGGAGUAUUUUGGAUUAUUUAAUUAGGUUUUGUGUGUGUGUGUGUGUGUGUUCUCUCUUUCUAUUCGGUUUCCUGUUUGAAUACAGUCAAGAGAUGUGUCAUACAGGCGUUGUUUAUCCUGUGUGAAACUUACAGUCAUUGUUCUUUGCAUGAGUUAAAAGUCGCUGAAUUUGCAGUUUGAAGGUGUAAAGCGUAGGCUACUUGUGAAAACCCUUACAGGACUUUAAUACAGCAAAUCACAGGUAAAAAAAAAAGUACGGGACCUUAAUAGUCGCACACAAACUGAGGAUUUUAACAAAAACUAUGUAAUUGAUUCGUGAUUAAGUUCCAGCAAUCAUAAUGACUUCUCAAUAGAAGUAGCCUACAUAAUUGCACUUUUAACUUCUGAUGUCUGAAACUUGUGCCUACCAGAAUGUUUAAGAAUUAUAAAAAUAAAAUAAAAAAAAUAGUAGAACUAUAAUAGCAUACGAUACAGUCAUAGGUCUACAUUACAAUAAAAAAAUGUUGUCGUAGGGAUUCCUGACUGAACGCAUAAGAAUACAAUCGAUCGUUUGGAAAUGCAACUGUCAAUCAAGAAGUCACGCCUCCUAUUCGCCUGUUCACUGCGACUUCAGACAAAGAAAUCAUUCGCACUGGUGACGAGUGACAUUCAGAUUGUUACGAUGUUUCUUUUAUGUCGGUUUGUAUUUUGUUUCAUUUUGUCACUCAUUUUUGCUCUCAGACUUGUCAAGGGAAACUCAGGAUAUGCUGUUCAGUGGUGCUUUGGAUUCAGCAACUGUAGCUCAUUGGACUUACUCCAUUGUCAGGAAACGGAGCUUCCACUGUGUUCCAAGCUGUGUUUCAGUGAAGGAUGCUUCUCCUCUGAGAAUGUCCCUUCUGGGAAUGAGACGAGCUGGCUGGCAGUGCACAGCAGCAGAGGGCCUUCUGUUCAUGAUGCCACUGUAGCUGCUUUGACUGACAGGGUGCAGAUUGGGAAGCCCCUCCUCCUGGAAGUUUCAGGCAUACUAAAUCUGAGCAAAGAAAACGUUUCUAUGGUUUUCAUUACAUUUAGUGGGAACUCUGGUCCUCAGGGUCUGCAUAAUAUAUCUGUUAUGGCCAACGGAUACCUCACCUGCUACAUAGAUGCGAUAUUACAAGCUGCUGGAUUGUACUAUUUAAAUGUGACCAUGAUGAACAGUAUCUACACUCAUUUUGCCAGCUGGAAGAUUAGAGCGUGUCCCUUUGGGACUGAGUACUUGAAUCUCAUGUUGUCCAAGAGAGAUCAGGAUAUCCCAUCUUGUGCCCCUCUGCCCACAGAUGCAGAGGACAAGCAGCAGGGUAAAGCCUCAACAAGAUCCAUAGACAGUCACAAGCGAGCUGUUUGGAUCUUUUCUGAUAAAAGGGCAUAUGCAUCUGAAACAGACAUUCAAUUUGUAGCAGUAACAGAAGAACCUGAUCCUCUAUACUUUCAUUGGAAAUUUGGGGAUGGACCAGAAAUAAAAACAACAUCCAGAAUCUACAAAAAGAGAUAUCUCUUACCAGACAAAUACAGUGUCACUGUCAGUGUGUCUAAUGGUCUCACAUCCAUCAGCUCAGAUGUUUAUCCGCUCGUGAUUCAGAGAGCUGUGCAGCCCAACAGGCUUCUGUAUAGUCCCUCAGUUUUAUCACACAGCUUUGUGAACUUCACCUGCCGGAUCAGCGCAGGAACUGAUGUCUCAUAUGUCUGGAAUUUUGGUGAUGGAACAGAACGAGACGGAUCAAGCACUGAGCAUCAUGUCUACAACAGAACUGGAGAAUACAUAGUAGAAGUUAUUAUGUCCAACCUGGUGAGCUCAGCCUCUUUAACAGGGCACAUCUUUGUCGUUGAAGAAUUAUGUCAGCCUCCUCCCGUGAAAAAUAUGGGCCCAAAUAAAAUACAGGUGUGGCGGUAUCAAACUGUCCAUCUUGCUGUGACAUUCGAGGCUCAGAUUCAGUGCAAUGUUACCAGAGGUCUUCUGUAUAGAUGGACUAUAUAUGAUAUGAGCGGACGACAACUGCUCUUCCCACACAUAGACAUGGGACGGCAGUAUACUGAUCUUCCAAAAUACCUCCUUCAUUAUGGAACAUAUAAAGCUAUAGCAAAGGUCCAAGUAACCGGUAGUGUGGUGUACAGCAACUACAGUGUUUUAAUUGAAGUGGUACGCAGUCCUCCUGUCAGUGUCAUCAGCGAAGCCACAAAUAUUUUCAUCAAUCGUCAGAGCGGCACCAUCAUCACUCUUGACGGACGGGAAUCACAUGACCCAGACUACCCCAAUAAUACUAUGAGUUACAGCUGGUCGUGCAAGCCAGUAAACUCAGAAGAGAGCAGCUGUUUCAACAGGAACAUUGUGACCACUUCAGCAGUACUUACAUUUCCCGCUCUUUUCUUGAAACCUGAUUUUGACCUGCUUAAAUUUACUCUCACCGUGUACAGUGGCCAUCGAUCUUCCUCAUCUGAGAUGUUCAUCACUGUAACAUCAAAACAUGUCAGCAACAUUCAUAUGUCUUGUAAACAUUUCCGAGAAAAUUCAGUGAACUGGAAUGAGCAGUUUUCUGUUUCUGCUUUCUGUGAUGCUUGUGGUUUUAAUGCAAAAAAUGUGACCUAUUACUGGAAACUUUACCUGGUUAAUUCCUCAAGCAAAGCUGUACCAGAAAUUCCGUUCUGCAGCAGUAUGGAUCUCGGUUUACCCUCCAAAAUGGAAGAGAGCUUACAUUUCUCCAAGCCUGCUGUGACACCCUACACUCCAGCCUAUUUUACUAAGCCUUCCGUUCCAGUAUCUCUAGCUCCUUAUCUUUUAUCUGAAGAUACUGACCUUACAGCCCCAGUUACACAAGAUACUCUGACUUCAAUAAUACAUAAAAAACACCAUAAUAUUAGUGUACCAACUCUAAUUGAAAACCCCAGCACAAACACGUACCACCAUGCAGCAUUUCCGACUAUGGCAUCUUUACACCCCCCCUUCCUUCCGUCCUUCCCCGAGGAAACAGAGUCGUCCGGGAGUCAAUGGGAGUAUCAGGGGUCUUUACCAGCCUCAGAUAAGGUGUCACUGACUGAUAUGACCUCAGAUUUUCAUACUGAGGACAUGAUUUACACAGACGUUUAUCAAGAGUCGAUAUCAGGCGAUCAUCUCUCCCUACCAGAGUAUGAUUACUAUAGUUUUGGAAUUGAAGAGGCUGAUCCUGGUGUCCCAGUUGGCAGACCUACUGGUAUAUAUUUUUAUUGUGUCUUGUGUGUGUGUGUGUGUGGGACCAAUUCAUUGGGCUUUAGUUGGAACAUAUCAUUCCCUCACUCUUACGACAAUGAGGGUGAUAAUCUGGUGGACCCCAGACUGCAUGGCCCAGCGGUGUCUGAGAAGACCCUGCUAGAUCUGCACAGAAAGCUCAUUCAUCCGUCUGUGUUUGAGUCUUACACUCUCACAGGAUUAUCCUCUUCGGUUGUCACAUUUAAACCCUUCAUACUUAAACCAAAGAGUCUUUAUUUGCUUGAAGUGUCUGCAAUUUCUGAGGAGCGGCUGCAAGGGAAAAGCCAGCUGUUCUUCCAAACUCAAGCUGUUCCUGAGGGAUUGAGCUGCCAAGUGCAGCCCAACACAGGCUAUGAAAUUCACACUUACUUCAGCAUCUUCUGCUCCUCUGGAAAAGAGGAUCUCUUGUAUGAAUACAGUUUUAGUGUGGGCAACAGUCCUAGGAAACUCCUUUACAAAGGCAGGGAUUUCCAACAUUACUUUAGUCUUCCUAGUGGAGAUCCUAAUGAUGAUUACAAAGUCACAAUCUAUAUAGAAAUAAAGAACAGAUUUGGAGCGACGACCAAACCAUGUCCUGUGAAAGUGACUGUUCUUCCAAGCUUUCAGAGAAACGCAUCCUCUCAGCUCAGCCCUGAUCAAGAACUGUACAUGUAUGGAGUGGGUAACCUUACGGGUCUGAGUAAGAUCGGAAGCAACAGAGACAUCAUCAACUACAUCUCUCUUUUGAUAGCGGUGCUGAACCGAUUGAGUCUGGACGCAGAGUCCUCUGUUGAGCUUCUGACGCUCACACGCACUUCCAUCAUUACAGCAGCCUGUCAGCUGUCCAGCACUGAUAAGGGAAUUUUAUUUGAAAAAAUUUACAGGCUAACAGAUCUGAUAAGAGUCUCCAGUCAAGUGACAUUUUACAGUGCCAAACAAGUAAUUCAGCAUGUUGACGACAUCUCAUCCCUCUCACAUGAGUCCAAGCCUCCGGCAGGCCAUAUUCUGGACACUGGGAUGGUGCAAGCACUAGUAUCUCUCCUGUCUAGUGUGUUGGAGGCUCCAGUGCUCACUUCCAGACCAGGACACCAACUCACAAACAAAGUGCUUUACACCAUCACUGAUUUAGUACUGGAGUGUUUGCUGUCCAGCAAUGUCUGGCAGUACAAUGUGAACACCAUGUUCAUGGAAGUGUUAGCCUGGAAGGAUGAGCGGUCUCAUUCUGGGGUGAAAACAUUUGGCCUCACUGCGUUCCACCUCACUGACUUUCUGGAGAUGCAAUUUCAGCAAUGGAGCAGAAACAGCCAGCACAAGCCCUGCGUCAUUACCUGGCUCACAGUGUACAGGCAGAGCCCAUACCGCUGGUCCAGACACGUGCAGCUCAGUGGAGAGACAGCAGAGAUUCGACUCUACAAUUGCACCACUAGGAAGGAAAUCAAAGUCCGACAUCUAUCCACACCAGUUACUAUUGAAUUUCAGAGGAAAGAGGAGACAAAUCGGAGUCCACACACACGGUUCACUCUUCUGCGCGGUCAGGUGAACACUCAUCAGUUCAACAUCACGUCACAGAGCCUUCAGAGAGCCAUUCAGAUCACUGUGCAGUUUAACAGGCCAGCUGAAUGCCCCUUUCCCAUCCUGCUGCUGCUUAGGAUGUAUGAGCAGCCAACACCUAAUCUGUACAACAAACAGAACAUAUAUCACUGGAAAGGACAGACGGCUCGCAUCUUCCUCCCUCAAUCCUAUUUACAGGCUGCUAGUUCUGUGUACCUGAGGCUUCUCAAUGCAGACUUUAAUAAAAGCCCUAGCAACAAGUACAUCGCCAGAGCUGUGAACUACACACUUCGCAUUGAGUCUGUGGAGUGUUUGUCCUGGGAUGGUGUGAAAGAGUGGAAGCGCAGUGGCUGUUUUCCUCAUGGUGGUGUUUCCACAGACAAGAUCUACUGCAGUUGCAACCACCUGGCAUCAUUUGCAGUAUCACAUGAGAACAUCAUAAGCAGCUACAACUCUGCAGAUGUUUCACAAUUUAUCCACUCCGAAACCAACUACAUACUGAUCAUUUUUUCCGUAAUAUUCCUGGCUCUCUACGUGGUGGUGUUGGUCAUCUGUAGGAAGGCUGAUGUUUCCAUACAGAAAACUACAGGCUCAUUUCUGCUACCAGAAAACAAUCCCUCAGAUCGCUUUCUUUAUGCUGUCACCAUAGACACAGGAUUGAGAUCUAGAACUAGAAUGACAGCAAAGGUCCAUAUUGUUCUGUAUGGAGAUAAAGGUGUCUCUCAAACCAGGGAACUCAGCAGCUCUGACUCCAAACUCUUUACAUGCAACUCAAGGAAUACCUUUAUUCUCAGUUCCCCAGAGAGUCUGGGUCGAGUUUGGAAGCUGCAUCUUUGGCAUGAUAAUGGAGGUUCAUCUCCCAGCUGGUAUCUGAGCCAUGUGGUGGUCAAAGACCUGGUGCAGGGGUCCUGCUGGUUCUUCCUGGGCCAGUGCUGGCUGGCAGUGGAUGAGGGAGAUGGAAGGGUGGAGAGGAGUUUAGUUGCUUCUGAAUGCAGCCUGACAUUUAAACAGUUCCUGUAUUUGAAACUCACAGAAUACCUUGAGGACCUUCACCCAUGGCUGUCUGUGUACAGUCGUCCGUCUUUCAGCUCUCACACACACACUCAGCGUUGGAGUGUGUGCCUGCUGCUCCUGCAGGGCUACAUGUGUGUCAGCGCAGUGCUUGUAAAUCUUUUGGAAGAACAGUGUUUUGUAGAGAUGGGGCUUAUUGAUGUUUCACCGGUUUCCAUGGUAACAGGCCUGUGCAGUGCUCUGGCUGUGCUGCCGGUGGGGGGUCUGGUGUCCCUGGUGUUUCGUGUCAGUAAGACCACAUCCAGUAGUGUGUCCGGAGAGCAGUAUAAGGUCAAGGUGCCUGAUGUCUACUCUGUAGAAGAUCACCAUGAUGCACUUCUGAUAAAUGAUUGUGCAUCGUAUUUGUCCUGGAAUACAGUUUCCCAAUGGACUCAAGGAUCAUGGAAAACAGAUUACAAGGACUGGAAAACCUCAGAUUCAGUGUCUUUGUCAAAACUGCAAGAGGACCCUGAUGCCAUCUUAGAGAUUGUAGAAGACUCCAUGUCUGAUGUCAACAGCAGAUCACAUGACAAAUGCAAAUGGAAGAAGUCUGAUCUGAAAUCACAUACCUCUGCAGGCAUCCUAGAGAACCGACAGGUUUGUGGUGGUAGAAUCCAAAGUCUUCAAUCCUGGUGUUAUUAUGUGGGCUGGAGCCUCUGCUUGUCUCUUUCUCUUACGUGCUUCAUCAUCACAGGAACUCUUGGAGUAAAGUUCGACAAAACAAAGACUCUUCUUUGGGCUUAUUCUGUGUUCUUUUCUCUUGUCUGCUGUGGCUUUGUACUGCAUCCAGCAAUGAUACUCAUAACUGCUAUCACAGUGUCUCUGCUGCUUCGAAAGAAGCCAGACUGGUUCCACAGUCUAAGUGUAAAAGAGCCUGUCACUGAAUUAUUGAGACACAGGGACCAAAAACUUGAGAAUGUCUUUGUUAGCAAAUACCAGCAGUCUCAUUUUGAAAAGACGCUCGCUGCCCGUCAGAGAGCCAGGUAUUUGCGUCUGGUGGAGCCACCAAAUUCAAGAGAGUUGAAGUGUGUGAGAGGCCAGAUGAAGAAACAGACUCUCCUUCACAAAACCGCAAGGGAUUUGAUGUUUCAUCUAAUCAUGCUGUUGACAGUUCUGUUCGUGACCUAUGGAAAGUCUGACAAUGACUACAAGUACCAUUUGAAUCAAGCUAUCAAAUCUCAUUUCACAAAGAGUCCGCAAAAUUCAUUUCACUCCAUCCAAAAACAUGACGAUUGGUGGAACUGGACAACAACCGCUUUCCUUGAGAGAUUAUAUGACAGUGCCAUCUGCCAUGAUAAGAGAGUAGAAAAUGAAACAGGAGAUUUCAGCUGUCCUUUUUCUCUUAUUGGGAGUCCAGUCAUAAGAAAGAUCAAGAGCACAUAUAACUCGUCAUGCCAGAUCCUGAAUUUGUUGGGCAAGAACAAUAUUAAAUGCUCUGAUAACCAGUCUGUGGAAAAGAGACACUCACUUUGUGGGAAAGUUUGGUGUUAUGAGGGAGAAAGUGUGAGUGUGAGCCUUGGAAAAACAAGGUCCAAAGCAAUCAAGUCAAUUAAAAAGCUUCGGGAUACUGGCUGGAUGACUCCUUUCACCCAAAUUGUGAUGGUCCAGUUUAUCCUGUACAAUGGGCCCAGUAACCUCUUCACAGCAGUCACUAUCCUAGUAGAGCAAACCUCAACAGGAGCUCUGAUACCCUCGGCAAGCAUACAGUCCACUAGACUCUACCAUUUCCCAGCUGCCCUUGACUACAGUGUUAUGACCUGUGAGCUUCUUUUCCUUGUAUUCAUUCUGCUUCAUAUGUAUCGGCUAAUAUAUCUUAUGACUCAAAGAGAAUGGCUUUACUGGAGAAACCUUUGGAGCUGGCUUGAGGUGACAGUAUUCAUCUGCAGUCUUUUGCGGUUUAUCUGCUCUGUGUACAUCUUUAUGCUAAAAACAGAGACGAUUGAUUUCCUGCAGAAGGAGGAUUUUGAAUUACUUGUUGAUCUAAGCCCCAUCUUCUUUUGUGAACAGCUUUCUCAAUCUCUCCUCGGCGUUGUGGUUAAUUUGCUUCUACUGAAAUGUGUGUCCUUACUACGGCUAAACAAAGCAAUGGCAGCAGCUGUGUCUACUUGGAAGCUGAUCUUCUCCAACCUGCUUUGGUUACUGGCACCUGGUGUUAUUGUCGCAGUGGCUCUCUCCAGUCUCCGCAACUUGAUCUUUCAUUCAUUCCCAUUUACCAGUAUCACUAGAUCUGCUCAUUUGCUCUUCACUCGUUUCUUUUGCAUGAGCCACUUUAGUGACAUUUACCUCCAAGCCCAAGUCCCAUCAACAAUUUAUUUUGGAGCUAUAUUGUGCACUAUGAUUCCAUUUAAUGCUACGGUAAUUGCCGCCCUUACCUUUUUUGUGAAACAAAAAAAGAAAACUAAAAAAAGAAAACAUUUACUGACUGUCUUUGAGCUGAUGUCUUAUGUCAAAGACAAGGCUUUACUCAUUGUUGGCAAAGCCAGUCACAAGUCAAUUGACCAUCAAGUCCACACUAAUAGGGUUUACUUAGCAGAGAUUGAGGAUGUCAUGGAUGAACUAUUGUUCCAUCUCUGCACUAUGUCAGACAGUCUCCACAACACCCUGCCAGCAAAAGAAAAUCUAUUUGAAACUCAGAGUAAUUUCUCUGUGCCGCUUUCUGGGCAUGUUUAUAGCUCAGACUCAGAGAGUGUAAUUUUUGAUGGACUGGGGAAGAAACAUUUAGGAUGCCAGGCCUCAUAUAGGGAAAACACUCACAGAUCAUCACUUGAACACAUAACAUCUCAGUACUUACAAGGCAGAGGAAGAAUGCAGGAGGAGAGUUUUUCAAGAGGGCCGAGGAAUUUCAGAAACUGCCUCAAAGAUCCAAUCAGAGAGUCAGAAGGGACUGGACAGGCCCAAAUUCUUUCUUCAAGCAAGCAGACCCAUUGUGCAAAAGCUGAAUGGAAGGACAAAGUGUACAUUAAAUCAUCAAUUCCGCCUGAUCCAAGCAGGUUGGCGGAUGAGCGUAAUUUCGCCAUCAAGACACAAAUCAUGACUCAAAAGAUGAGAGGGCACACUCUUCUAACCUCAUCAACUCGCAAAGUGAACAUGGGUCAUCAUACAGCACAUGGCAAGCGAGCUGGAGAGUCAUAUGUGUUUAAUACAUCUUCCAUUGAGGGAAUGGACAAUUCUGUACAAGGGCAAACAAUUAUUCCAGGAUUCAUUGAACAAUGUAUGUAAUACAAGAAAAAAGAGCUGUUCGGUUUUACAGUUUCAUUCCAGAAGAGAAUUAGCAUUUACUAGCCACAUUUCCUCUGGUGUUGGGUUUUCAGAAUGGUCCUUAACAUUACUUUAAAAACUUAUUUGAUCUGAUUAAAUACCUCAAAAGUGAUAUUUAAUUUGCAUGAAGUUGCUAAAAUAUUAAGAGACUAAAUUAGACUGUUUUUUAAAUAUACAAAUUUUAAAAUUCACAUUUGGGUAUUAUUUGCGUUUGUGUGAAAAUUUAUGAGGGUGGCCCCUUCUCUUAUUUUGCAAUUAAAAAUGAAACAUUCUUUUGCUAAAAACCAAUUUUAAGAAAUAAAACUUUUAUAUAUCUACAGCUUUUUCUCAUUUACUAUAUUACUUCACCCAUGCUGUCAAAAUGCAGAUCCGUGUGAAUGUCAUAUUUGACCUAUUAACCACUAAAAACCUUCAAUCGUAAAAGCAGUAACUUGCUCCUAGCUACACUUCCUGGAU